AUGGCGAAGCCGCGUAGCAACAAGUCUGGCAAGAAGACGGCGGAUGGUGUCCACGGAAAUGGGACGGAGACGAACGUACCUGACGUACCUGUGCUGGACGCUGCUGACAAGAGUCGGUCUACUUCACCUACGACGCCGGAUGUGAUCGGCCCUUUUGAAGAUCUGCUGGAUCUACAAAACAAGGCGGACAAUGCUUCUGACCCUGUUGAUGGUGUCGCUGCUGGCGAGGCUUGUUCUGGAAAUCAGGAUGACGUACCGGUGGAAGAUGAACCUACUGUUACGGUCAAUAUGGAUGAGGAAGAGGAAGAUCUGCCUGGUCCGGUCCCUGAGGAUGAAGACGAUGGGUAUUUGAGCGAUGACUCGGAUGAACACCUGGAGCCUGCCUCGCUUUCUAGUGCUUUGGCCCUGAAACGUUUCUCACUAACCUUGCUGGUGCCGAUCCUCAGGAGAGUGGAAGUCAAGAGAGCUGCUGUGACGAUUGCUGCUUUGUUGGAUGACUGGAAGGACCAGUUAACUCCGGAUGUGCUGCAGACAACGACCUACCAGGAUCUCGCGCCGGCUUAUUUCUCCGGCACGCGCUAUGGUCGGCUGCAAGUCACGUUUAAUCACGUCAGGGAUGCGAACUUCGUAUGGAACCAGGUCAUCAAACACGAAUGUGUGAACGGGGACAUCAUCGACCUUACCUGGCAGUUUCCUGAAGACGCGCGCUUCCUCUGUGAACGCGUUCUGAACCAGCUGGCACAGGAGGUGAUGGUCAAGGGUGUGCCGGCCGAGAUCACUGCGGAGCUUAUUCGCCAUCUACUGGUUGUGUCAAAGCUGGUCAAGCGCGGCAAGAGCGCCUUCGCCAGUGGUUUUGGCUUUCACCGUACGCUGGAUCCGGUUUCUGGACUCGACACUGACCUUAUACUCACCUCCACAGGAGGGAUGCGGGAGGAGUGGGUGUGUGUGCAGACCAUGUGCGAGAAGGCGCAGGGGAACCGGUUCGAGCAGGCAGCGGCUCACGUUGCAUCUGCCAAGCACAAGGGGGGUCUGCGAACAGACGGAGCGGCAACUCGCGCCAGCAAGCACUCUCAGAAAAUGGCUGCUUUCAAGAAGGAUUUCAUAGUCAAGCCGGCAGCAUGA